CCGCCGCCGCCGCCGCCGCUUUGUUGUCGGCUCCAUGUAGCUGGGGCCCGGGGGAGGGAGGAGGGGGGGACCGCGCCGGAGCCGCCGCCGCCGGAGCCGCCGCCAGCCGCGGGCCGCCGCCGCCAUGGAGGCCAACUGGACCGCGUUCCUCUUUCAGGCACAUGAAGCCUCACAUCACCAACAGCAGGCAGCACAGAACAGUUUGUUGCCUCUCCUGAGCUCUGCUGUUGAGCCACCCGAUCAGAAGCCGAUUCUGCCCUUACCAAUAACGCAGAAACCUCAGCCUGCACAAGAAACAUUAAAGGAUGCUAUUGUUGGGAUUAAAAAGGAAAAACCUAAAACCUCCUUUGUGUGCACUUACUGCAGCAAAGCUUUCAGGGACAGCUACCAUUUGAGGCGUCAUGAGUCCUGCCACACAGGGAUAAAGUUAGUGUCACGGCCAAAGAAAACUCCCACCACAAUGGUGCCCCUUAUCUCGACCAUCGCUGGUGACAACAGCCGAAGCUCAUUGGUUUCAACUAUCGCAGGCAUCUUGUCCACAGUCACUACGUCUUCCUCUGCCACCAACCCCAGCAGUAGUGCCGGUGCAACGGCUAUGGCAGUGACUCAGACCGUGAAGAAGCCCAGCAAGCCUGUUAAGAAGAACCAUGCUUGUGAGAUGUGCGGAAAGGCCUUCAGGGAUGUGUAUCACCUCAACCGGCACAAGCUGUCCCACUCAGAUGAAAAACCCUUUGAAUGUCCAAUUUGCAAUCAGCGCUUCAAGAGAAAGGAUCGCAUGACCUACCACGUGAGGUCUCACGAAGGUGGCAUCACGAAACCAUACACCUGUGGUGUUUGUGGAAAAGGCUUCUCGAGGCCUGAUCAUUUAAGCUGUCACGUUAAACAUGUUCACUCAACAGAGAGACCCUUCAAAUGCCAAACGUGCACUGCUGCCUUUGCCACCAAAGACAGACUGCGGACACACAUGGUGCGCCAUGAAGGAAAGGUAUCGUGUAAUAUCUGUGGUAAACUUCUGAGUGCAGCAUAUAUCACCAGCCACUUAAAGACACACGGGCAGAGCCAAAGUAUCAACUGUAAUACCUGUAAACAAGGCAUCAAUAAAACAUGCAUGAGUGAAGAGACCAGCAAUCAGAAGCAGCAGCAGCAACAGCAGCAGCAGCAGCAGCAACAGCAGCAGCAGCAACAGCAGCAGCAGCAGCAGCAGCAGCAACAACAGCAACAGCAGCAGCAACAACAGCAACAGCAGCAACAUGUAACAAGUUGGCCUGGAAAACAGGUAGAAACCCUGAGAUUAUGGGAAGAAGCCGUCAAAGCAAGGAAGAAAGAAUGUCAGUUCACCUUUGAGAAGGCUAUAGAGUACGUACCAUUCGAAGCUGCUAACUUGUGCCAAACCUCCACUGCUGCUACUACGCCUGUGACUCUUACUACUCCAUUCAAUAUAACGUCCUCUGUGGCUUCUGGGACUAUCACAAACCCAGUCACAGUGGCAGCUGCAAUGAGCAUGAGAAGUCCAGUAAAUGUAUCAAGUGCAGUUAAUAUAUCCAGUCCAAUGAAUUUAGGGCAUCCUGUAACUAUAACCAGUCCAUUAUCCAUGACAUCUCCAUUAACGCUCACCACACCAGUCAAUUUACCUACCCCAGUAACUGCUCCAGUGAAUAUAGCGCAUCCAGUCACUAUAACAUCUCCUAUGAACCUCCCAACACCAAUGACGUUAGCUGGUCCAUUAAAUAUAGCAAUGAGACCAGUAGAGAGCAUGCCUUUCCUGCCCCAAGCCUUGCCCACGUCUCCUCCCUGGUAAAGAAUUUCUAAACAGUAUUAAAGAGGAUUAAAAUGGAAUCCUUACCAGCAGUCGCUUUUGGGGUUUUUUUUAGUAUUUUUUCCUAGUUAAUAAUAAUUCAAACUAAGUCACUGGUGCAGCAUGCACCAUCAGAGACCGUAGUAGCAUCUUCCCCUGUUGAUUUGGCUAUUGUUCAAACUUGAGUUUCACUGGAGCACUUCAUUUAAAGUAAGUUUUACCUUUUAGCUGACUGAUGCUGAAUUAGAGCAGAUAUGUACUUGCCAGAGUUAAAAAAAAAAUAAUUAAAAAUCAGCUUUAUGUUUUAUCCCCAAAAUUAUAACUUAGAAAAUUAUUUUAAUGUAAACACUAGCAAAGACCCCUCUGUAUCUUUAACAGGGUGGAUGGCUAAUUUUAACUUGCCAGUUGUAAGUCCAUUGUUUCUGAGCUAGUGUAGAAUCUUUGUCUGUGUUAAUGUUUUUUUUUUUAAUGAGUAAAUGCAUUACAAUGUUGUCAUUUUUAAAAAUGCAUUUUGGAGUAAAUAUGCAUUUUACCUUUGGGAAUAUGAUAAUUUCAGGCAGCAUUCCCUAUGGGAAAGGUGAUACCAGCUCUGAUAUGCAAAGCAUAUGAUAACUUAUCAUUCUAACUUCAACGUAUAAUAGGGAUUGUGACCUGAUAUUUGGAGAUGUAAAUAUUACCCAACAUAUUACCCUAAGGGAAUAUAGCAUUGUAGUCAACAUUUUUUUAAAAAAAACUGUUAUUGUUUGGUGAGAAACAGCCAUGGCUGAUAGAAGAGGAGUCGAAAUGUAUGUAAACAUGGUCUCUGAACAGUCAGAACCCUAUGGGACUCUUAUCUAGGAGCAAAAAGAGUGCUUUGAAACUUAUGAAAUAUUGCUUUAAGCUGGAAGAUUCUGGAGGCACUGGGUAUGAUUUUUAUGCCCUCUGUCUCCCAAUCAGAACCUGCUGGUGUUACAGCAGGGGACAGACGUGUUAGUUGUUCACUAGAAGUUUUGUCUUAUAUUAAAUUGUAUACAGUUUUUAUUCUAACCACUAACUAGGUAGGAUGCCCCUUCAGAACAAGCAGAGAGUCUUUUAAUUUCUCCCCGACUUCUUAAUCAAGUGUUGUGCAAAUCUGUUCAACUUUGUAAAUAUUUGCAAACAUCAUCAUUUUUACGUUACUCUUCUAUUGUGUUAACACAUUUCUAUCAAUUUGUGGGAGUUCUGGGGUGGUGGUCUGAACUACCCACCCUAGAACUUCUCCAUAAAUGAUCACACAUGUUUAAGCUACAUGUGCUUUUUAUUUCUUAACCUGUUUAUCUGUACAUAAAGUAGAAAGCAAAAUCUAGGGAAACAGAUAUACUUUUUAGACUAUCAUGUCACAUAUUCACGUUUUUAAACUUUGUUUAAAAAAACACCCUAAAACCAAGACUCUACAUUAAAAAAAUAAAAUUACAGUUGAGAUGUUUUUAUCUUAAUAAAGUUGAAAGCUAUGGAGAUUAGCAUGUGCGCAUUUCAGAGUGCUAGUGGGACUGACUAGUCAAAACGGACUGCUUUCGUUUCUACCCUGCCGUGUCAGUACAAGCAGUGAUUACCAGACUUCUGGGUCAGGUGACAGGUAUCUGUAUCAUUACGUGAAACUGUUCUAGGGGCUUGGACUACAUAGUAAAACAAAAACAAAAAAAAAAUAGAGCUUAGUGUAAAAUAAUUUUAUAAAUGAUCUUUUGUACUUUAGGACAUCAAAUUGUACAACUUUUGUAUAUAUAAAAGCUUAGGAACUUUCUGUUUAGCAGAAAGGAAACACAUUCCUACACUUUUAAUGUAUAUGUUUGUUAUAAUGUCCAUGUAAACAUAUGCCCUAUGUUUGUGCCUUUUAAUUAGUUUGUCUCAAUAAACAAAAAUGUAGAGAAGCAUAUGUAGCUAUGACUUUGUUACCACUGUUCUUACUCCAACUGUGUAGAGAUCUUCGUUUUUGCACUGUAGAGCAUUGCGUGCAGAUAGCUGCAUGACUUAAGCCGAUACGGCCAAAAUGAGGCAUUCAAGUCCAGCGCAUCCCAGCAAAAAAUCUGUCUCUCUCCCUUAGCGUAGAGCAGCCCACGCUGAAUGGGGCUUUGCAUGUCGGGAUAUGUAGUUUCCAAGCCAUCUCUGUUACCCCUGAAAAUGGUACCAACUUGCACCAGUUUUACCUAGUAGGUAGAGCAUUCUGGAUCUGGGUAAAGUGCAGUGAUGACCCUUAAAUGAAGUUUGGGUGUCCCUGAGCUUAAAAAAUAAAAGCAUUAAAAGCUAAUAUGAAAAUGUGUACUAGAAGUGGUUAUCUAUGAAUUACUUAAAAUAAACAGGUGUGAGACUUAAUUGUAUGUUGUCAAUUACUGUAGUAUUGACAGUGGGUCCUUCACACAGCUAGUGUGCCCUGCUGUUGUUAUAUUUAUCAUAGCAGAGUAGUGGUAGAAUAAACACAUUAAACACUGGCAAGGAAAUUUUUCAAUGUGACAGAGACUUCCCAAACCACUAACCAUGGCGCUCUUAGCAUGGGGUAGGAAAAGGGCUGUUUCCUUUUUAUUUUAUGUUGGUUCUGCUCGAAUGUACCUGGUUUAUGUCCACAAAGCUGCAUUAGCUAAUUGUCAACCUGUUUCAUUUGUACUUGGGUAAACAUUUGCUUUGUACUGUGUAUAAAUGGCUCCGAGGUGUGCUCUUUAGCUGUCUUGAUGUAGACAUUAAUUUUACUUGUAAUGCCAUCAUACAAAAUACAUUAAGCUGUUUUUGACGUACAAA